CAGUUAGCUCGCGGCAGUGUUCUCUGCAAUAAACGGCUGUGCUCUCUGACCAACCCGGCAGGAAGCAAGUCGAACGAAACCUCUGUCUCCUCCUUUCCGGAGCUCAUUACACUGGUGUCAGAAGUGACGACCGACCGCCUGAAACGCCCGACACCCUGUUGCUGGCGACGCUGACCGUCACGAGACCGGAGGAUGUUGCCGGACAAGAUUAAGAGGGAGACGGAGGAGAGGGAGGAGAGGGAGGUUCGUCCGCGCUCGCCUGCCCAUAGAGUGAGGGAAACGGCGCUGCGGCUGUCUGCUGAGGCUGGAUUUUCUCCAGGUUUGGCUAGGCUCGGGACAUUUUCGCACAGUGGCCGCGAUUCCGGUGGGAGGGAGUCGACCUCGCUUGGCGCGCUGUCACGUGAUGUAAACAAACAUGGCGGCGCCCAGCAAGCUGCCGCGAACAUAAAAACGCCUAAGUUCAGCGGCAAGACGCCAUGGGAAGUGUUUAUUGCACAGUUUGAGCUGUUAGCUGUUGCAGCUGGCUGGUCUGAGGAACAUAAAGCUCUCCAAUUGGCUUUGUGCCUUUGUGAGGAUGCAGCUGCAUGCCUGCUGCUGCUGACCGAGGAGCAAAGGGGAGAUUAUAAUGCUCUGGUUGGGGCACUUCAGAGACGUUUCGGGCAGUAUAACAGUCGCCUUCCCCUCGGGCUGGCCCACGCCGCCGACCACAGAGCUGCUGGGGAUGUGGACAAGUCGGACACCUCAUCAGGCAGUGCCCCAAGCUUGCAGCGGUUCAGGGAAACGCCCACGGGCCCGUGUAGGUGGGAGUACACGGGCCAGGGAGAACGACUUCCCCACACCACCGCCAUUUCCACCCAGUGCGGUCAUCGCUGUGGGCUGGACCCAGGUUGGCGACUUUUGCCAUGUUCCAGUGAUGAUUGCGGGGGUGUCCUGUACGGCCCUUCUGGACACAGGGUCCAAUGCAACGCUGGUCCGACCCGAUGUCGUCCCAACCGGGACUGCUGUGCAACCGACUGAUGUGCGACUUAAGACUGUGACCGGGGAUCUGGCCCCAAUUAGAGGGAGGGGAGUGUUCCAGUUUAAGGUGGGGGACCUCGGUGUGCCUUAUGCUGCCUGGGUGGCUGACGUGCAGGACGCCUGCAUCCUUGGGCUGGAUUUUUGCGAGCCAUUGGUGGUGUACUGGACUUGGGCAAAGGCUUCCUCAUACUCCCUGAUGGGAAGAAGGUGCAGCUUAUUCCUCCCCCGGUCUGCCCAGCAUCUGCCGCAGCAUCCACCUCCA